UCUCAAAUCUCCAACGGAUACAGUUAUGUUGCUAGCAAAACUAGUAACAUUAUUUACUACAGUGAUGAUGGUGGAAGUCAUCAAUCAUUCAACAUAUGCUCUAUUACCUGUUUGUCCUGAAAAUGAAACGUGGAAUAGUUGUGGAAAUCCUUGCUAUGAAAGAUUGUGCAACGAAACAUCAACCGAACCAAAAAGAUGCACCAAAAACUGUGUAGCGGGAUGUUACUGUAACGAAGGAUAUAAACGCGAUCUUGAAGGACGAUGCAUUAACUGUCCUACUUGUCGUUGCGAUGAAGUUUGGACCAGGUGUGGCAAUGAAUGUACAGCAAAUACUUGCGGCAAGAAGACAAUGUGUCCGUUGUUUUGUAUAGAAAAUGGCGGAUGUGUCUGCAAAAAGGGCACUAAACGUGGCGCAAACAAUACAUGUGUUCCGUGCGAUGCUUGAAAUAUUUUAAUAAAAACUUAAUGUUA